AAGGAGACAGAGGGGCAGAACCUCCUCCCAUUUGAUGAUCCGAGGCUGCCUGAAGGCCUCUGCGAUGGCUUCAUCAACGCAGCAUGCAAGCGUGGCAACGGCAGCCAGAUAGAAGACGCGAUACGUGAAGCGAGAGCUCAUGUAGCCAAACAGGGACGAGAGUUCAAGCAGAUCAGCACCGGCGUGUGGAAGGACGUGUGCUGGAGAUGCGAUAACGGAGGAGACCUCAUUUGCUGCGAUCUGUGCCCCGGAGAGUACUGCUUCGCCUGUCUCGGGCUCACCCACGGCUCCGUCGAAAAGAUCGAGGACUGGUACUGCGGCCGGUGUCGGUCAGUGAUUGCCUUCCUCCUGGGCGAGCUGCUGUCGCUGUACAAUAAGAAGGAGGCGAGCAACGAAGUCGCGGUGCUGUCGCUCAACCGUUUGAAGCGGAGGUUCAAGGCGCAGCGUUAUGCGACCUUGGCUGCCUUCCAGGCCGAUCUGGAAGACGAAUCAGUGAAGAGUCCUGCCCACUCUCGUGCCAUGGGCGAAGUGCGGGAGAGCUGGGACUGCCUGAGACAGAGACUGCAGGGAACGUUCAAGAUGCUCUCCCCUUGGGGCCAAGCAAGGCUGCCAGAAAGGGAGGAGCCCGCCAGCAGUCGCUCUUCUUCCAUCAUCACGAAAUC